CCUCAGCGGGAGGCGGUGCGGGCGGCCGGGCUGGUUUGGGUCGUGCCGCGCCGCGCCGCCACGGGAGAGCCAGCGCUGCUCUGAGGCGAGGGAAAAGGGGCGAGAUGGCGUCGUGUGUGGGGAGCCGGACCCUGAGCAAGGACGACGUGAACUACCGGCUGCACUUCCGCAUGAUCAACGAGCAGCAGGUGGAGGACAUCACGCUAGAGUUCUUCUACCGCCCGCACACCAUCACCCUCCUCAGCUUCACUAUCCUUAGUCUCAUGGCCUUCGCCUUCACCAGGGAUGAUUCUGUCCCAGAGGAUAAUAUUUGGAGGGGUAUCCUCUCUGUGAUUUUCUUCUUUCUAAUCAUCAGUGUUCUAGCUUUUCCUAAUGGACCCUUUACACGUCCCCACCCUGCAAUAUGGAGGAUGGUUUUUGGUCUCAGUGUGCUCUAUUUUCUGUUCCUGGUUUUCGUGCUCUUCCUUAACUUUGAGCAAGUAAAAGCAGUGAUGUACUGGCUGGAUCCUAAUCUUCGAUAUGCCACAAGGGAAGCAGAUAUUAUGGAGUAUGCUGUGAACUGUCAUGUUAUCACCUGGGAGAGAAUCCUCAGCCACUUUGAUAUAUUUGCUUUUGGGCAUUUCUGGGGCUGGGCUAUGAAGGCUUUGCUGAUCCGCAGCUAUGGGCUGUGCUGGACUAUUAGCAUCACCUGGGAGCUCACUGAGCUCUUCUUCAUGCACCUUCUGCCUAAUUUUGCUGAAUGCUGGUGGGAUCAAGUCAUUUUGGACAUCCUGCUUUGUAACGGGGGUGGCAUCUGGUUGGGCAUGGUAGUUUGUCGUUUCUUGGAGAUGAGGACCUAUCACUGGGCAAGCUUCAAGGACAUUCACACGACCACAGGGAAAAUCAAAAGAGCUGUAUUACAGUUCACACCAGCCAGCUGGACCUAUGUCCGCUGGUUUGACCCUAAGUCUUCAUUUCAAAGAGUGGCUGGAAUCUACCUUUUCAUGAUCAUUUGGCAGCUGACUGAGUUGAACACCUUCUUUCUGAAACAUAUAUUUGUGUUCCAAGCAAGCCACCCUUUAAGCUGGGGGAGAAUUCUCUUCAUAGGAAUCAUUACAGCGCCCACUGUAAGGCAAUACUAUGCAUACCUCACAGAUACACAGUGCAAGAGGGUGGGAACUCAGUGCUGGGUGUUUGGGGUUAUUGCUUUCCUCGAAGCUAUUGUGUGCAUAAAGUUUGGACAGGAUCUUUUUUCCAAAACACAAAUACUGUAUGUUGUGUUUUGGCUUCUCUGUGUGGCCUUUACAACUUUCCUGUGUUUAUAUGGCAUGGUUUGGUAUGCAGAGUACUAUGGCCUCCGAGAAAAGACCUUAUCAGAAAGUGAAGACAGCCCAUACAGUCCAGAUGCUUCCUGGCUUCAUUCUAAAUUCAGUAAAGGUGCUGACAAUAGUCCACCAAAACAUUCAGUCAAUAGUGAAAGCCAUUCAUCUAGAAGGAGGAAUCGCCACUCCAAAUCAAAAGUAACGAAUGGAAUUGGCAAGAAGUAAGAAUGGUUUCUGAAGAUACCCUACAGUGUGACCAGAAGUGACAAAGAAAAUCAGACAUGGCUCUGAAUUUCCAAACUGAAGAUUGAUUUUUAAAUUUAAAGAUUAAAGAAAGGACGUGUUGGAGAAAAAGGAUGAUCAGGAUGGAGCCACCAGUGUAGUGGUGAUCAUUGCCUGCUGACACUUGCCAUUCACUGAUUUAAAUCUAGUUUCUUCAGCAUGUGGCACCAAAAGCUAAUGAAGAGUGUGCUGGAAAGGAAAGUAAUUUUGCCAUAGCAGGUACUCCCUGUUUUGUGUUCAGGUGUUGCAAGUGCAUUUUUAAUAUCUUAGUUGAAGACUUACAGGCUAGUAAACUGAUAGUCAGUUGGCAUAGUUGGUUUGAUUUGUUUUGGUUUACUAUGUUUUUGUUAUUUUCUAGAAGAGUAUGCAGUCCUUUGACUAAAAGCAACUCUGCCCUUCUUUUUCAGUCUCACAACUAAACUUUUCUAUACAACAGUUAGUAAGUAUUUAAAAUUUCCAUACUUCUCUCUAUCUGCUUGCUUUUAUGUACAAGGCUCUUUAGACCUGGUGAUGAGAUUUUUACCAAUGAAGGAAUCGGUACAGGUUUCUUUUAAAGUAUGUGAAGUCUUUGAACACAGUUCUUUUGUUCUGCAUUGUCCUUCUGCUUGAUUGUUACACAUUUGAUUUCUUUUAAGGUUUUAAAAUACUUGUAUAAAAACCUGUUGCAGAGCAGAGGGCUGUGCCUCCUGCCCUCAGGGACAGAUAUCAUGUCCUUUAGUUGUUUUUUCCACCUUUACAUCAUUUUUUUCAGCUGUGCCACAUUAGGUACAAUAUUCCUUCCCAUUCCCCUCAAUUUGCCUUUGCCUUAACUGGAACCAGAAAUCCCAGUGUCUUUAGACUGAUAUCAGAAACUGCUUUGAAGGCUCUGAUGUCUUACUGAGCCUGGUGAUAAGGCAGUUUUUUGCUGAAGCUGAGUUGCUUGCUGCUUCCGUAAGCAUCAUUAUUUGUGAAGGCUUGCUGUAGUCUUUGGUAUCUGAGAGGCAGCAUGACAUUACUGUGAUAUGCCCCAUUGCUUUGGUAUUUCCUAUCAUGCAGUCAGAAACCCAAUAGCAAAGUCAGUCUUUCUUGCAGAUUUUUUUUGUGUGUAGUUUUUUGAGGAGGGGUUUGUUGUUUUUUUUUUCUUGUUAUUAUUUUUUUAAUGUAUUAACUAUGACAUGUAGCAAAGCGGAUAAUUCUCCAGCAAGGAGCUUAAUGGUAAGUCAAGGUUAACAAUCAAGAGCCAUCAGUUCCUGUAUUAAGUUAUCAAAAGGUUUUUGUGCCAGUUAGAUUUUGGGAUUUAGGGGUUCAGAGAGGUAGAUAGCUUAAGCAAAAAUAAGUAAUACACAUUAGUCACUUAGUCUUCAUAAGAAAAUGGGAUUGCCUUUUU